AUAACAAUCCUGUUUAAUUUUCAGAGUAUGUAUGAUUUAAUGGUGAAAAGAACCAUUUGCACUGAACUAGAAGAAAACUAUCUAGAUAUUUCCUGUUCUGUUAAAUUGAAAAAUCGCACAACAAGCUACAUUCAGAUUAAUGUUACUUUUCACUACGACUUAAUUGAUCCAAUAAUUAAAAUUACUUUCUACUACCGUUUUACUGUUUAUCGAAAAUUCCUUAUUGACGUAUCCGAAGAUUUCUGUGGAUUAACCAAGAAGGGUAAACCUGCUCCAGUUAUCAACUUAAUAUGGAAAACACUGAAUGAAGCAUCAAAUUUCGCUGAAGGAUGUCCAUUUUCAAAAGGUCAAAAUUACUACGUUAAGGAUUAUGUUUUCGACGUCUCCCAAUUUCCGCCUGCAAUGCCAACUGGUGACUAUCGUAUUGAUAUUGUUGUCUCCAACAGCUUGGACAAAAAGGACGUUGUUAAAGCCCAAAUUUUCGCGGAAAUUAAAAGAAAACCCAUGGCUGAUAUAAAGUGGAAUUAAGAGGAAA